AUGAGCGAACAUCAAUCCAAGCAAAAUAUCAAUAACGACGAUAACAUUGUUGAAGUAUCUCCGGAAGCUUUUCAUAAUUAUGAUUUGAAAACUGAUCACGUUUAUUUAAAUAAAGCUUUAAAAGCCAUAAUCAGUGCAACAAAGAAAACAAAUGUCACAUCUGUCGCGAUUCUUUCAAACUCCAAUCUAACGCAUCCUCAUGAUUCGGCGAUUCAUCGAUACUUGAACCCGCUGUAUAAAUUGUCGCCGUCUAUUGAACGGUGGGCAGCGCGUGAACAUUUCGGAAAUUUUGUGAUAGUUCGUGAGACAGGGGAACGAAUCUGGGAGGAGAUGCCAAUAUAUACUAGAAUUGGGAUGCAUUUACUUUUCAUGGAAGAAAAAGUCGUUGAAUUAUCAACAAUCCAGCAUCUAUUCGCCGAAGAAACAAAACGCCAAGGAGAAUACUUUGAUUCUGCACACUCUGUACAUAACAUCCCUCAUUUUAUCCACCAGUAUCACAUUGACCUUAAUGAACUGGUAGAACCCGAUAUAAGUAAGUACACGACAUUCAACGAAUUCUUUUAUCGAAAAUUGCGGAAAGACGCGCGACAAAUUGAUGAUUUUGAAAAUGUGAACGUCGUUGUAUCGCCUGCGGAUUGUCGGUUGAUGGUUUUUGAGAGUAUUGAUCUGACGAAAAAGUUUUGGAUUAAGGGCAAAAAAUUUACAGUAGGGAAUCUUUUGCAAAAUAAAGAAUUGGCAGAAAAAUUCGAUGGCGGAUCUAUUGGUAUAUUUCGAUUAGCCCCUCAAGAUUAUCAUCGAUUCCAUUCUCCAAUUAACGCGAUAAUCGGUGCAGAAACUUAUAUUCCUGGAACUUAUUAUACAGUGAAUCCAAUGGCCAUCAACAGAAACAUAAACGUCUUUACCGAAAAUGUGCGAUCAGUUCUUAUCCUAAAACCCGAACCAUCAGCAUCUUCAACAUCAUCGAAACAGGGCGAAAAAGAAGUAGCUUUUAUCUCGAUAGGCGCACUCUUAGUAGGCUCUAUUAGAUACACGGUACACGAGAACCAAAAAGUUCUCAAGGGAGACGAGUUGGGAUAUUUCGCAUAUGGUGGAAGCACUGUCGUCGUGUUAUGGCAGAAAAACGAGAUUAUAUUUGAUUCGGAUUUGAUCACGAAUUCGAAGAAUCAGUUAGAGACGUUAGCCAAAGUUGGAUACAUAUCGAUAUUCUCGUAUAAUGCUUCCUUAUCGCGACACGUCGUCAAUUGGGAAUUCGCAAGACUACAUAAUUUCAACGAACCUACGUCAAAUUCAGCUAGGAUUAUCAGACUUGCACCAAAAACUGCAAUCGCAACAACAAAAAGUCAAAUGCUCACAAUCGACCUUACAAGAAUCUUGGGAUAA